GAUAAUCAGUGGUCAAAUAAAGUCACUGACUGCAGGCCAAUACAGACACUCUUGCUGUGGUUUCUGUCACUCACAGACACAAAUGCCACUGAUACAGAGUCCAGUCAUGUAUGUCAAGUCCAUGCUAUGGAUCCUACUCUUCAUCUCUGUCCAGGAGGUGUGUCUGUACGAGUAUAAUUAUGAGUAUGAAGUAGAUGAGGAUUUACAGCCUCUAAACUGCUCAACAGAAGAGAUAAUUAAACAUGGACAUGUCACCUAUUCACAGGGAGGGCUGGAGGGCAGUGUGCUGUCCUAUCACUGCCGCCUGGGGCAGUACCCUUUCCCAGUCAGCUCCAGGGUCUGCGGUGCUGAUGGGGAGUGGUCACCCAUGAGAUUAGGGAGUGGCAGAUUGGUGACACGGGCCUCGUGCAAAGACACGUUGUGUCCGGCUCAGCUGCAGCUGGAUCACGGUGACUUCUGGCCCAGGAACCAGUGGUUCGGUGUUGGGACGUCACAGAGCUUUUCCUGUCAGGAGGGGUUCACCCUGUAUGGGUCAGCCCAGAGAAACUGUACCUUCUCUGGGGAGUGGACAGGAACUACUCCUGUCUGUGACAACCAUGCUGACAGCUGUAAUGACCCAGGAAUCCCACCAGGGGCACUGAGGUCAGGAGGCCGGUUUCAACCAGGAGAGAAAGUGAUCUACCGGUGUCAAACUGGUCUGGAUCUGCUUGGGUCGGAUGAACGGGUUUGCCUGGGGAACAGGGAGUGGAGCGGUACAACACCACGGUGCCAAGGCCUAAAUACCUUUGACUCCCCCAACGAUGUGGCAGCAGCCAUGACAGGAUCGCUUGCAGGAGUCAUGGAUGUGCUCUCACCAGACUCUAUAAAAAAAGAUGCAACGAUGUCUUUUGCCCGAACCUUCCGUGUGGCUGAAUUCAGUCGUAUAAAUGUCUACAUUUUACUGGACACUUCAGGAAGCAUCAAAAAGCAGGACUAUGAACAGUCCAGGGAUGCUACCAUUGCCCUUAUCAGAAAGUUGGACAGCUACGAGGUGCAGCUGAAGUUCCAUUUGGUGUCAUUUGCAAGCGAGACUAAAGACAUUGUAGACAUCAUGGACUCAGAGAUAAGCGGUAGCACAGAGGAUGUUAUAUGGCGUCUGAUGAACUUCGACUACCAUAGCCAUGGGAAUAAGACGGGCACCAACCUCCAUGCUGCCCUGCACCGUGUCAAUGAGGUGAUCAGCUUCUUGAAGCAAAACAGUGCCAGGAACCACUUUAACGAGACUCAGAACAUCAUCAUCAUAGAGACAGAUGGCUUCUCUAACACAGGCAACAAGCCUCAGAUUGCCCUGGCCCAGAUCAGGAAUCUGCUGGGCUACCACGGCACAUCCCAGGACCACACAGAUGAAACCAAGCUGGAUGUUUAUGUGUUUGGUGUUGGUGACCAAGUGAAGAAAGAUCAGCUGAAUGCCUUAGCCUCAAAGAAACGUGGUGAGAAGCACGUCUUCAUUCUGAAAGACUUCAAAAAACUGGGCGAGGUGUUCAACAGCAUCAUUAGUGACAAGAGUGUGACAAAAUGUGGCAUAGCUCAGGAAGAGGAGGAGGAGACAGUAACCUACACCAAACCCUGGCAUGUCACUGUGACCAUGACAGGGUCUAUGUCGUGUCUUGGAUCCAUUGUGAGCCAGAACUGGGUGCUGACAGCUGCUCAUUGCUUUGCCAGAGCAGGCACAGACAGAGUCUCUCAGCAGGUUGAGAUAAAACAUGGUGAGGGCAUGGCAAUCUCCAAUAAGGUGUUCAUGCACCCCAAGUAUAACAUCAGGGCACUCAAACACAGAAAUGUAUCUGAGUUCUAUGACUAUGAUAUAGCUCUGGUGCAAGUGAACAAGAGUAUCCCGCUGUCCUGGAAAGCCAGGCCAAUCUGCUUACCAUGUACUGUGCCCGGCAGCCGAGCCAUGAAGAAAGUCAACUCUACCUGUCAGCAGCACAGGGAGGAACUACUACCACACCAAGAGACUGCUGCCUUUUUCAUCCAUAGCCAUAAGGACCCCAAACGCAAAGAAACACACAUUCACACACAGAGUCAAAGGCCUAGCUGUGUGCAGAAAGCGAUGCAAACACUCAAGGAGCCCACCAAUGUGACUUUGGAAGAGUAUGUACCUGACAGAUUCCUCUGCACUGGUGGAUCCUCAGGAUACCAAGAUGCUAUCGCUUGUAAAGGUGACUCUGGUGGAUCCUUGUUUCUGCAAAAAGGAAAGCGCUACUUUCAGGUGGGGGUAUUGAGUUGGGGCACCACAGAUGUGUGCAACUCCGUCAACUUAGCUCGUGGACAGCACAGCAGAAACCGGCCCCCUCCUGAUGCUCGAGACUUUCACAUAGACCUGUUCAAGAUAAUGCCAUGGUUGAAAAAGCAUCUGGGUAAAGAGAUCCAGUUUCUGCCUGACAUCAGUUGAGAACAACUAAAAUCAAUCAGCUGAGAUCUGUUUGAAUUAUGCCGUAAUAACACAUCACAGAACUCAGCAGAGCUUUCCAAAGCUUUAUUCCUAGACAGAGGAGGCCUUUCCUCUUAACAAAGUCAUACACAACAUAAAAAAUGUUUUACUUAACCCUCUGUUUUCACACUAUACUCUUAAUAACUCAACAUAUGGAACACAUAGAUAUUCACUUCCUGUGCCACACAUGACGGAAACAGAUUUGUGUGUUCACAUGGAUAUGUUGAAUUGUUUAAUAAAACACUGUUUGAAAUGGAA